AGCGCCACUCAAACAUUAACGUACAAGACUUACCACUAUGUGUAGGGUCUUAUGGCUGGCGCUGGGUUCAAAACCAGCAACAUGGGGACAAGUUCAUGCGACUUUGACCAUGGCGAUACGCGGACUGAGGAAGAGCUGUCUGAUAUGUGGCAGAAGGUCAAGACCAUCUAUGAGAAUGCUUCUGAUUGCAAACUUCACACAGGAGAUGAGAAUGCGUGGAGUGACGAUGUAGUCCGGCCUCUUCUUCAGUUGGCAAUCGAAAUUCAUGGCGGAGAUCGAUGGAAGCUCCAUAACGUGAAAUCACAAUCGAUCGACCCUCAAUACCUUUCUACGAUCGACGCCCCGACCCCUGCCAAUGCGUCUCGAACUAGAGUCGUCGAUCGAAGAGCCGAUUAUGCUUUGGCGUACUCUCAUCGCAGUCCAAGAUACUCCGACCUCUAUGUGCGGCUGAAGGCAGCAAAGCAAAGUGAGGUUGGACCUACUCUUGCUCAAUGGACAAGGCAGUCGGCUGUUUUCUCUGGAUUCGAGGUUAAGUCUCCACUAGGAACUCAACAUGAAGCGGAGCAACAAAUAAGCAUAUGGAUUGCUGCAUCUUUGCGCAAAAAGCAGGAACUUGCUUCGAUUGCUCGGGUGCCGCCGUUCCAGCGGGCCGACAUGGUCGAGCCAGUGUUCACUAUUGUUGGCCACCACCAUUUUGUCUACUUUGCAUGGCCUCGCAAACACCCGGUGUCUUGUGAGUGGGGCACGCAGGUCCUCGGGCCACAUAGCCGUCUGACAUUCAACACAUUGGAUCUACAUGGAGUCUUCCAACUCCUCCGGUUCUAUGGCGAGGUACUGAAGUACGCGGCAGAUGAAGGGCCAAACGGGUACUGGGGCCGCUUCUUUGGAAAGGUUCUCAAUCAGUUGGCUGCGUCACGUCCCGACAACAAUUAGCGGGGGAGUGGACAGGUGGGAGGAGGAACGUGAGCAGGGUGAUCCCCAGUCUUUCUCCACUGGCUUCGCCCUCUUGCGAUAGGGGUGUUGGUGUUGGAAGCAGUUGCAGAGAACAAGAAUGAUCCCUCCUCAUUGGUUGCUUGUUGAAUGGAUCAUGAUACUAAGUUUGAUGGGACGUUGGUUGGUCGCGAUGCGAGGAUCGCGUUUGUCGGGAUGGCUCCGGGGGAUCGACGGAUUGCACUAAUAUCAGUACUCACGUCCUUAGAUGAAUGUUAUGAAUAUAUGUUAUUGACUUGACCGAACCA